CCCCGCCCUUGGCUGGGUGGAGAUGCAGUAAGUAAUAGAGUAUACUUUCAUUUUCAUUUCCCAGGCAAAGGUUUCCCUUCGAAGAAAGCAAAGCAGAGCACUGGGACAGGUGGUAACAGGGCGUCCCCUAGAAACCAUGGCUCCAGUGCCGAUUGUGAGAGUGGAUGAGGAGGGGCACCUGGCCCUGGAUGAGGGGGUCCUGCACCACUGCCUGGAGCAGGGGGGUGUGGGUGAUGCCCCCGUCUGCCUUAUCUCCAUCAUUGGGGAGCAGCGCCAGGGCAAAUCCUUCCUCAUGAACUACCUGCUGCGCCGGCUGCAGAACCAGGAAAUCCAGGAUGCAUCAUGGAUGGGCCAGGAGGACCAGUCUCUGGAGGGGUUCCAGUGGCAAGGAGGGGACAAGACUGUGACCAAAGGAGUGUGGAUAUGGGGUGAGCCCUUCUGGGUCCAGGGCCAGCAUGGUAAGGUGGCCGUGUUCCUGGUGGACACCGAGGGCUCCCUGGACCUGCAGCGUCACAUAGAGAUCAGCAUCAAGCUCUGUGUGUUCAGCAUCUUGUUCAGCUCCCAUCAGAUUUUUAACAUUUGUUCAAAGUUGAAACGGACAGAUCAGGAUUAUUUGGAGGUGUUCCUUCAUGUUGCAAAAGAAGCUGGAAAAACCUGCAAUCUGCACCCAGUUCAGAAGCUGGACCUGCUGGUCCGUGACUAUCCAACCUCUUCUAACUGUGGACUGGAGGGAGGGAAGAGGUAUCUCAGCCAUGUCAUUCAGGAGCUGGAGGCUGCUCCUGACGGCUCCCUGGCCCUAGAGACACUGGGAAAAGCCCGCUGUUAUCUCAUGCCCCACCCUGGCAACAAGUUCACAAACAGCAGCAAUGGGACGCUAGCUGACAUGGAUGAGGCUUUCAGGGUCAGUCUGAGAGACUAUGUCGCUGGGCUGGCGAGCGAAGCUGGGACCUGUGUGCGGUUGGACCAGAAAGGACAAGCCCUCACAGGGAAGCAGCUGGCAAGCAAGAUCCGGGACAUCUCCAAAUACCUGAGGGAGAAGAACUAUCACUUCUCUUCUCUCACAAAGAUGACUGAAGCUUUUGCUCAGAUCAGAGAAGAUCUAAAUAAGAAAACAAUAAAAAACAUCAUCAUGGAAUAUGAAAAGUUUACCCUGGAGCAGGACUGCGACACCCAGAUUGAAGCCCAGUGCCUGCAAGUGCCCCCCGAUCAGAUGCAGCAGCUUCUGGAAGAGAAACACCAGCAGUUGUUGCAGGACUGCGCAGGGGAGCUGCGGGGAGAGGAGGCCCAGAAACAGCCCUUCCUGCAGGAGCUGGAGCAGAGGUUGACAGAGAAGGAGAAGGCCUUCGUGGACACAUACAAGAAGAAAUACAAGAAUGCUGUUUCCUCUGCCAACAGGAAGAUAACUAAAAAGGUCGUAAAACAAUACGAACAAUUUAUGCAGAAGCAGCCGCCGGCCCAGAGCCUGAUGGUGACACCCUAUGACAUGCAGCAAGGCCUGGAGAAGAAACGCCAAAAACUGUUGCAUGACUGCCGAGGGAAGCUGUGCGGAGAUAAGGCCAACCAACGGUCUGAACUGGAAAACCUGACACAGGAGUUGUUGAGGAAGGAGGAGGUCUUUAUGGAUGCCUACCGGAACGUAUACAAGAGGGCUGUCUUCUCUGCCAACGGGAAGAUAAUUGAAAAGGCGAAGAGAGAAUAUGAACACUUUCUACAGGAGCAGUUACAAGACAUUACGUCCAAAUUCAGUAUCUUCUUGUGGUCAGUCAAGAAAAACCAGGAGCUUGGGGAGAAGAAACGCCAGGAGUUGCUGCACAGCUACUUGGAGCAGCUGCAGGGUGAGGAGCGGGAGAAAAAUGCCUCCACAGAGAAGCUAAAGCAAAAGCUGGCAGAGAAAGAGAGGAACUUCAGAAGAAAAUGUAAUGAACUAUUGCAGAAUGCCAAAAACACGCGUGCUACAGUGGUGUUAGGCACCAUGGGAGUGGGAGUGGCAGGAGGGGCCAUUGUGGCACUCAUCCUUAGUCCUGCACUUAUGUUCAAAGCUGCAGUUUCUGUGCUUUGAUUGGUCACGAAAUAAAGAAUACAGCAAGAUUUGCAGCCAUUCUAUGCACACACAAUUGUGAUCGGCAGGGAUAUUCAGAUAUGGAGCACCUAUUCUCCCAGCAACAGAUAAUAAGUGAACCCCCCUGUCCCUGCAAGUCCAGAAAAAGGCUUUUAGUAGCCCUGGAAAUGAGGGACUUCCUAGAUAGAAGUCUGGGUAGAGAGAGAGGUCUCGGGGGGUGUAGAUUUUGGCUAAGUAAUGCACACUGGGACCAUGGGGGCCUUAUCAAAUCCUUGUAAAGCCAUUUCACAUACGCACCAAAUGAUUCAGGAGCUCUCUGCUUUUCUGGUCUCUAGUUCUAUCCCCUUGCCUAACCUGGGAUGGGGCACUUACUAAACUGUUGUCACAUGUUUAUCCAAUCCCUCUUACCUUACUAAUGACUGACUGCGGUAACAGGGAACUUGUGCAGAAGUCACCUGAGUUUGCUCCAUUCCAGUGAUCCACCUUGCCCCAGCCCAGGCCAUUCAAAGCAUCCAGAAGCUCUGUGAUACUGCUUCCCGACCCCCUCCCUCUGGUGCUGACAGCCCCAUAGCUUGGAGGGGGGGAGGGGCUGGGAAGAGGGGUGAUUUGGAGGCUGCUGGAGCACCUUCGCCUGAUGGCCAGAGCUGGUGCAGGAAGGCUCCAGCCCCCGGCAGCCCAACAAGUGAACAUCUUGGGUUGACAUGGGGAGGGCGGCUCUAACUCAUGGCACUUUAAUGAAAGCACCAUGAGUUAGAGCAGGGCCCUGAACCUGUAGGCACCCACAAUGUCAGAGGUGGGAAAAAUUUUAAAAAGCAUAAGAAAGACAGGUAAAAAAAUAAGGUAAAUGUUAUUUAAAUGUUUUAUAGCUGUUACAUCUGGUUUAGGACAAGAUAUUGCUGGGAAAGGCAUAUUAAUCCUAAAUAGAUUAGAACCUAUUUUUAUCUCCUAUUGGGAACAUUUUUAAUAGCCUUAUUUAGUAAGCUUUGUGAUAUUAAACCAGGCAAUAGGGUAAUAAAAACCCGAGUUCACCUCACAAUCUUCACUCUUCAGACCUGACCUGUGGUUCUUGCUGAACAGCCCAUCUGCAGAUGCUAAGUGCUGUUUUAAAACGUAAUUUGAAACCUAUGGAAAAAGUCUUUUUUCCUGAAUAUGCUGGCCACAUAUUGGAGACUUUUUCAAACUGUAGGACUGAAAAGUCUCCCAACUGUUAAUAAGAUUGUUAUUUCUUUAGAAGAAUAUGCGUUUUUAUACAUUACAAUCAUUUGUUUGAUGUGCCUGAUCUGUACCAUUUGGUCAUUUAGAUCUUAUCUGUAUUUCAUUAUGAAA